ACCAACUUCAAUCCAACCCCCUCAUGGCGAUGCGCCUUUAAACCCAUUCCAUCAUCUCGAAAUGCCAGCAUCCGAACAGCCAAGUCACAGUUCGACCCCUCGGUCCUUUACCAGCCAGACUGCAUCGGCAGAAGAUCUCCUCAAGUCGCAAACAGUCGGUCUCGUCCACCUCUCCGAUUUUCGCAAACGUCGCGCAGAGGUCUUGGAGCAAAAGGAGCGUGAGGCACAUGAUAAGUCGCUAGGGAGAUUGGCAUCCGGUAACUCGCGGGGCGCAACCCCCUCCGGAGGUGAUGUGACCGACGGGAACUCCACAUCACGAAGCGAAGGCCCUCCGAAGAAGAAGAAAAAGAAGAAGCCUCUUGCAAAGAGCAAGCUUUCGUUUGGGGAUGAUGAGGAGGAGGAGGGGGAAGAGGAGGAGAACGGGGAAGAGAACGUAGCUGCGAAAGCCAAAUCAGCGGAUGAUUUCGCAGCGACUCCCCGCGAGUUGAGCAUCCUGCGGUCAGCCACCAAUACACCUGUGGAUGACAGCUCUACAGCUGCUUCUCGUCGAAUUACACCAAAUCCAAAGGCUCCUCCUCCUCCCAAAGCAUUAACCAAAGCGGCGCUAAAGGCAGAGGCAGAGGCACGCGACACUCUACGGAAGGAGUUCUUGACGAUGCAAGAGGCUGUGAAGAAUACCGAAAUUCUCAUUCCGUUUAUAUUCUACGAUGGGACGAACAUUCCUGCUGGAACCGUGAAGGUUAAGAAAGGUGACCCAGUCUGGUUGUUCCUGGAUCGAUGUCGGAAAGUCGGUGCCCAGCUAGGUGUGCGUGGCACCGGCGGAGCAUCAAAAGGUCGAAGGUACAACCGCCGUGAAUGGGCCCGAGUGAGCGUAGAUGAUCUGAUGCUCAUCAAGGGAGAAAUCAUUGUUCCGCAUCACUACGAGCUAUAUUACUUUAUUGCCAACAGUAUCCCUAGCUUCUCCAAUGCUGGCGGGCUACUAUUCAACUAUUCGAAUAAGCCACCACCCCCGACACCUACUACUGAUGAUCCCUUAUACCGACCUAAUAACGAAAAUCUGGAAGGAGGGGACAACGAUCCAACGCUAACUAAGGUAGUUGAUAGACGGUGGUACGAGCGCAACAAACAUAUUUUUCCGGCAAGUUUAUGGCGGGAGUAUGAGCCAGGGCCGGAGUUUGAGCAGAAAAUGCGUACGACAAGACGUGAUGCUUCUGGAAAUACAUUUUUCUUUUGA